CCUUCCUCCUCUUCCUCCUCCUCCUCCUCCUCCUCCUCCUCCUCCGCCUCCUCCGCCUCCUCCCCUCGCAGGACGCGCAACCUCUCGGGAACAAAAAAAAAAAAAAUGGAUUCGGAUCCCAACGGGACUUUCGUGGACUUCUCGGGAGGCGUCCAGCUCGUGGACGGGGAGGACGUCCGGGCGGCCGCGCCGGUGCUGCUCGUGGGCGUGUGCGUGUGCGUGUCGGGCGCGGCGGGCAACCUCCUGGUGCUGCUCAUCUUGGCGCGUGACUUCCGCGCGGCUCGAGGCUCCGAGGCGAAGGCGCUGCUGGCUUCGGUGGCCGCCGCGGACGCGCUCAUCCUGCUCCUGUGCGCCCCCGUCCGCGCGCUCGCCGUCUACAAGCAAGCCUGGGUGCUCGGCCGCUUCGCGUGCGCCACGGCCGAUUGGUUCCAGCACUCCUGCGUGGUGGCCAAGACGCUGCUCCUGGCGGUCAGCACCCGGGCCCGGCACACCCCGGAGCCCGCCGCCCCGCGGCGCGGCUGGAUCCUCUGGGCCGUGGCGCUCGUGUGGCUGGUGUCCGCGACGCUCCCCCUGCCGCAGAUGCUCUUCGCCGCACUGCGGCCGGGCGGCGGGCGCGACGUCGUCGUCUGCGUGUCCCAGAUGCCGGCGUGCGCGUCUCACUUCAUGGGCGUCUUCUACAAGAUCUACCCCACCGCCGCCUACGUGGCCCCGGUGCUCUUCGCCGUGGCGUACUACACCAAGAGCCUGCACCGGGCGCUCAACGACGCGCCCAGCCCGCGCCGCCAGAGCAAGGUGACGCUGGUGCUGCUGUGUCUGAGCGGCACGCUGGGGCUUAUGCUGCUGCCCGAGUGGGGCACCUUCACCUGGGUGCGGCUGGGCUACCGCAAGCCCCCCGCGGGGUUGCUCCUGUGCGCCCAGGGGCUGGCGUACGCUUGCAGCGCGCUCUCGCCGGUGCUGCUCGUGACCAUGUACGACGACGUGCGCCGCGGCCUCGGCGCCCUCUGCGCCCGCCGCGGGACCAAGGCGGCCGGCGCCCCCAAGGCGAGCGAGGGCAACGGGGCCGAGCUGGGCGCCGACCCGGAGAAGACCUUCCCGGACGUGGAGCACUUUUGGACAGGGCGCAGGAACACGCAGGUGGAGGAGGAGCAGGACCCCAUCCCCUGGGAGAGAGACGAGAAAAUGCUCUAAUAGCACAACUUUCAGGUCUUCGUACAUCGCCGAUGUCCAAAUGUAGAAGAGUCACCUUGUGUUUACCAAUCACGCUCCAACCAAUUUAUGACUAAUAUUCAACAACAGUACGAUAGCCUGCCACUAUAUGUUCACUAUAUUGCCCUUUUUUUUUAAAGAAAUGUUUGCUAGAUCUUUAACAUCCGAUGUUUUUUCAAAAUUAAAAAAGUGUUAAAAAGACUAUGGUGUCGUAAUAUUCGAUCUUCUUUUCAUAGUGUGAUAUCAGAAGAGUCAGUGUUUUGGAUUUGUCUAUUUAAUUCAAAUAUUGUCUCGGUCAUUAUAUAUUUUGGCUUUUAUAAAAGUGUGCUAUCUUGUAAGAUUCAAUAUUUUUAAAUUGGAAAAUAGUUGGAUACCAUGGAACAUUCAAUAUAGUUAUUUUUACUUUUCAAAUUAAGAUAUACUGUAAUUUUGUGGAAUGUUUUUUUCCUUUUUGUCAUAUCGUAAAACAUUCAACCAGUGGUUUUACUUGUAUUAUUUGCAAAACAGUAGUGUCAUAGAUUAUUCCACAUUUUUAAACGUUAAAAUAGUCUUGAUGUCGCAUUUUUUUUUUAAUUGGAUUUUUUGAGAUUUCAAAAGUCCAACAAAUAGUUUACAAUUGUGUGAGACUCAACUUUUUGUCGGCGUUCCUUUCCAAAUGGACUCGAUUUCGGGCGCCCCCCCCACCCCCACCCCCCGCCCCCCCCCGUUGCACGUGACGCGCUGGCAAAGUCCAAAUUUGUGCACACUAAAAAGGCUCAACGCGGGCGAUAAAGAAAACCCGAUCGGCUUUCUGGACUCUAAAUCCAAGGUAGCUGAGAUUAGCUCACCUCUGAAUCUCAGAUGAAAACACAAUCCGAUCUUUCUUCAGAUAUGGAAACAUAUCACACCUCCUCACUCCAUUCGGCGCUAAUCCGCAUCAAUGCCGGACGCUCGCGCGGGGUCAAAAUCCCGCCGCCGACAUUGCGUGACCAGAAUGAGGCGUGAAGUCAACAAGUUCAACGUGGGCUCCUUCCUGCUUAUAGCAACUUUUACACAAUAGUGCAUCGUGAACAAACGUCAAGUUUGUUGUCGUAGCUCCUGUCCGUUUGUGCAAAUCAGAAUGUAUCAAACUUGCGUGAUUAUCAUUAGAAUCUUUUGAAAUGUCUUUUCGUGCUUCAAAUGAGUCGUUUUGGAUAUAUGCUUAUUCUGUAAAAGUGAUGAAUAGGUCCAGUUUCAUGCUGGAGUUUUGCUGUGGCUGCUUGUCACAUGGUGAAAACUGUUGAAUAAAA